AAAAAAAAAAGUAAAUCAAACCUUUGAGAAGCAUUUGCUGGUUGAAGUGCUUUCUGUCUAGUGAGGGGGUCUGUGGAUUUCUAGUUUAUGAUAAAUAGGACUUUAAAAACCAGGGACAGGAGGGCGAGUGUUCAGGUUCUAGAGCUAUGCAGCUGGAGCACUGCCUUUCUCCUUCUAUCAUGCUCUCCAAGAAAUUUCUCAAUGUGAGCAGCAGCUACCCACAUUCAGGCGGAUCUGAGCUUGUCUUGCACGAUCAUCCCAUUAUCUCGACCACUGACAACCUGGAGAGAAGUUCACCUUUGAAAAAAAUUACCAGGGGGAUGACGAAUCAGUCAGAUACAGACAAUUUUCCUGACUCCAAGGACUCACCAGGGGACGUCCAGAGAAGUAAACUCUCUCCUGUCUUGGACGGGGUCUCUGAGCUUCGUCACAGUUUCGAUGGCUCUGCUGCAGAUCGCUACCUCCUCUCUCAGUCCAGCCAGCCACAGUCUGCGGCCACUGCUCCCAGUGCCAUGUUCCCGUACCCCGGCCAGCACGGACCGGCGCACCCCGCCUUCUCCAUCGGCAGUCCCAGCCGCUACAUGGCCCACCACCCGGUCAUCACCAACGGAGCCUACAACAGCCUCCUGUCCAACUCCUCACCGCAGGGCUACCCCGCGGCCGGCUACCCCUACCCACAGCAGUACAGCCACUCCUACCAAGGAGCCCCGUUCUACCAGUUCUCUUCCACGCAGCCCGGACUGGUACCCGGCAAAGCGCAGGUGUACCUGUGCAACAGGCCCCUCUGGCUGAAAUUUCACCGCCACCAAACGGAGAUGAUCAUCACCAAACAGGGAAGGCGCAUGUUUCCUUUUUUAAGUUUUAACAUUUCUGGUCUCGAUCCCACGGCUCAUUACAAUAUUUUUGUGGAUGUGAUUUUGGCGGAUCCCAAUCACUGGAGGUUUCAAGGAGGCAAAUGGGUUCCUUGCGGCAAAGCGGACACCAAUGUGCAAGGAAAUCGGGUCUAUAUGCAUCCGGAUUCCCCCAACACGGGGGCUCACUGGAUGCGCCAAGAAAUCUCUUUUGGAAAAUUAAAACUUACAAACAACAAAGGAGCUUCAAACAACAAUGGGCAGAUGGUGGUUUUACAAUCCUUGCACAAGUACCAGCCCCGCCUGCAUGUGGUGGAAGUGAACGAGGACGGCACGGAGGACACCAGCCAGCCUGGCCGCGUGCAGACAUUCACUUUCCCCGAGACUCAGUUCAUCGCCGUCACCGCCUACCAGAACACCGAUAUAACACAAUUGAAAAUAGAUCACAACCCCUUUGCAAAAGGAUUUCGGGAUAAUUAUGACACGAUCUACACUGGCUGCGACAUGGACCGCCUGACCCCCUCGCCCAACGAUUCCCCGCGCUCGCAGAUCGUGCCCGGGGCCCGUUACGCUAUGGCCGGCUCUUUCCUGCAGGACCAGUUCGUGAGCAACUACGCCAAGGCCCGCUUCCACCCGGGUGCGGGCGCGGGCCCCGGGCCGGGCACGGACCGCAGUGUGCCCCACACCAACGGGCUGCUGUCGCCGCAGCAGGCCGAGGACCCGGGCGCGCCGUCGCCGCAGCGCUGGUUUGUGACACCGGCCAACAACCGGCUGGACUUCGCCGCCUCGGCCUACGACACAGCCACGGACUUCGCGGGCAACGCGGCCACGCUGCUCUCCUACGCGGCGGCGGGCGUGAAGGCGCUGCCGCUGCAGGCGGCGGGCUGCACCGGCCGCCCGCUCGGCUACUACGCCGACCCGUCGGGCUGGGGCGCGCGCAGCCCCCCGCAGUACUGCGGCGCCAAGUCGGGCUCGGUGCUGCCCUGCUGGCCCAACAGCGCCGCGGCCGCCGCGCGCAUGGCGGGCGCCAACCCCUAUUUGGGCGAGGAGGCCGAGGGCCUGGCCGCCGAGCGCUCGCCGCUACCGCCCGGCGCCGCCGAGGACGCCAAGCCCAAGGACCUGUCCGACUCCAGCUGGAUCGAGACACCCUCCUCCAUCAAGUCCAUCGACUCGAGCGACUCGGGGAUUUACGAGCAGGCCAAGCGGAGGCGGAUCUCACCCGCCGACACGCCAGUGUCCGAGAGCUCGUCGCCGCUCAAGAGCGAGGUGCUGGCCCAGCGGGACUGCGAGAAGAACUGCGCCAAGGACAUAGGCGGCUACUACGGCUUCUACUCGCACAGCUAG